GCCUGUGAGGGAGAGAGAGAUCUCAAGAGAGUCUAACGGAAGGAGCAUUAGUAAUUUUCAGCCCUUCAAGCACUCUCCCACACAACGGCUUUCGUCACACACACCACACAAGGGCAGGUGGCCUCUGCCCAGAUCAGUUGCUGUGGCAGAAAUUGGCUGGCUGAGGUUUGAGGUGAGGUUUGGAUCCACCCUGAUUAUUCUGGUGGGAGCAGAGUUAGUAAGUAGAGCUUCACUUUCUUUCCCAGUGCGGAGAGGCUGCACGCCAGGCACGAGACUCUCCACUCCUCCCCUCUUCCACUCUGCCUUUCCCUGGGCUCCUGUCCAGAGAGUGACCUGCUCCAGUGGACUCAGCAGGGAGGAACGCAGCCUGAAGAUACAGCGUAGUAGCUCCAAAACUGCCUCCUAGGACAGACCUCUGCACAUUGAGUUUUUUUUUUUUUCUUCAAACCAGCAGCUCACUAGUACCUCUGUGGGAUUUAUGGACUUGGAUGAUUAUUUAUUUAUUUAUUUUUUCUUUCAUCACAUCAUAAAGAUUGGAUUAGUGCUUGGGCAUACAGACAGACGGACUGACAUAUGGGCAGAGAGCAGUGGGCACUGCAGUGUGAAUGUAGCAACUGGACUUCUUUUUUCCCUGGUUACUAAGACCAAACUAGGAUAAUAGCCAGAGCACUAUCCUGUCCAUAGAGGUAGUGGGUGGAUGCAGCUUUGAGCAGGCUGCUAUAGGGGAAAGCAGAGACGGUGUAGAAGCUGCAGAGAUACAUCUAGGUGAUCCACAUUGUGGUGAUUAUCAGAAAAUGGACCAUUACCUCCAAGUGGACUCUUGCUGGAUUGUUUUACCUGCAACUGUCUCUUAUUAGACAUUGUUUGCAGGAACUAAAAGAGCAAAAACCAGUGGACUUUUUCCUCUUUUCAUAGACUUUGCUGCUCAUGCUGAGCGGACUAGCAUGUUUUCUGUGUAGACAAACGCAGAGUGUAUAUUUCAAUGAGGAUGGUAGAUUGUAUAAGGACUGUGUAUCUGACACAGAUGCUUAUGCCUCUUGUUCUGCUGGGCAUGGCACACAUAGCCCACAGCAUGUACCCAAGGAUAAGGCUCUCCCACAAUGAGCUUUGGCAGCUGAAUAGGACCUGGGUGUUCCAGGGAAAUGGGGCAGCUCUUCAGCCCCAAACCAUGCUGCUGGAUGAAGGCCAUGAAAGGCUUUAUGUUGGGGCCAAGAAUGCUCUGUUCUCCCUUAGCCUGGACCACGUUAAUACACACUAUAGAGAGAUCCAGUGGGCCAGUACAGAAUCUCAGAUAGAGGAGUGCUUGAUGAAGGGGAGGGAAAAGCCAGAAUGUGCAAACUACAUCAAGGUUUUGCAGCAGUACAACAAGACACAUUUGCUGGUCUGUGGAACAGGAGCAUUUAAUCCCAUAUGUGCCCUGGUCAGAGUGGGACAUACCGGACAGGACAAGCUGUUUGCUCUUCAAGAAGACAGUAUUAUGAGCGGCAGAGGACGCUGUCCUUAUGACCCCAACAGUCCCUGUGCAUCUAUACUCUCUAGAGGAGAACUGUACAUUAGCCUGUACACUGACUACUGGGAGAAUGAUGGUGCUUUGUGUCGACUUAACAACCAGACCUACACACGCACCGAAAGAGAUGACAGGCAGCAGCUGAAUGAGCCUAAAUUUGUGGGGUCAGCAGUUAUUCCUGACAAUGAUGACAGGGAUGAUGAUAAAGUUUACUUCUUCUUUACUGAGCGAGAAACGGAUGCAGAGGGAGUGAACAAGGCCGUCUAUACCCGCAUCGGGCGAGUUUGUGCGAAUGACCAAGGAGGACAAAGAAUGCUGGUGAAUAGAUGGAGUUCUUUCCUGAAAGCCCGUCUUAUCUGCUCUGUGGCUGGACAAAAUGGGAUUGACACGCAUUUUGAUGAUCUUGAGGAUGUGUUCAUUCUGAAGAACAGGGAUGGGAAAAACCCAGAAAUCUUUGGCCUCUUCAGCACUACAAGCGCGGUGUUUAAAGGCUAUGCUGUGUGUAUCUAUCAUAUGGAUGACAUUAGAGCAGCCUUUAAUGGUCCAUUUGCUUAUCGAGAGAGACCCAACCAUCACUGGACACCUUAUGAGGACAGAGUCCCAUACCCUCGACCUGGAUCUUGUGCCAGUAAAGUGAAUGGCGGUGGCUUUUCGAGUUCUAAGGAGUUCCCAGAUGAAGUUUUGCGGUUUGUGCGUUCUCAUCCUGUGAUGUAUCAUCCAGUCCUUCCCCAGCACCGUAGACCUGUCUUGCUACAGACAGAGCCCGGCAGGAGGAGGCUGACCCAGCUUGCUGUGGACAGAGUCCACGCCCAGGAUGGACACUACCAUGUUCUGUACAUUGGCACUGAUGACUCAGUGGUGUUAAAAGUUAUCACAAUCUAUAACAAAGACACAGACACUAUGGAGGAGGUGCUGCUGGAAGAGCUGCAAGUAUUCAAGGUGCCAGUCCCAAUAAGAGAGAUCAUAAUAUCACCUAAACGACAACAGCUGUAUGUUGGGUCAGAAGUGGGUGUGGCCCAGGUCAGGCUGCAUCAGUGUGACCUCUAUGGCUCUGAAUGUGCUGAUUGUUGUCUGGCCAGAGACCCCUACUGUGCCUGGGAUGGUCUCACCUGCUCCAGAUUCUACCCUGCUGGAGUCUACACCAAGAGCAGACGAUUCAGGCGGCAGGAUGUUCGCCAUGGCAACGCCAUCCAGCUGUGCAAUGGGCUUCAAAUUGAUGAUGAACAAUGGCACAGAGCUGAGGAGAAGCUGGUGUACGGUGUCGAGAGCAACAGCACUUUACUAGAAUGUGUCCCUCGUUCACUUCAGGCCAAAGUGCUUUGGUUCUUACAGGAAGGGGGAGAAAAACAUCAACUUCAAAGUGAUGAGCGGGUUAUCGUGACCUCCCACGGGCUGCUGUUCUUACGUGUGAGAAGCUCAGAUGCUGGUGUGUACAUGUGCCAGACUGUGGAACACGGAUACGUGCACACAUUAUUACGUAUCAUGCUACAUGUGCUCGUAGGGGAGAGGGUGGAGUUAGCAAUCUACAAGGCUAAUCAUGGGGAGGAAGAAAAAAGUGCAACUCCAUGCUCAUCCUCCAUGGGCCCCCCACCAGGCCCCAGCAUCAGCCCCAGAUCCAUAGCGCCAUCUUCAGUCCCAGGUCCACACUCCAGGAUGUGGUAUAAGGAGUUUCUCCAGCUGAUUGGCUACGGUGACGCCCAGAGAGUAGAAGAGUACUGUGAGAGAGUGUGGUGCUCUGAUAAAAAACGUAAAAAAGCCAAAAGGAAGUAUGUUCCUCAGGGAGGUGAGAAGAGAGGGAAAGGGAGGGGAGAGGAGAACUCCCACCGAGCGCCCAGGCACACCUUGGUCACCUGAGGAGAACAGAGACUGACUGCACACACACACAUAUGCGCACACACACAAAUUCUAAAGGUCAGACUCAUUCAGUGUUUGCACGAUGUAAAAGGUUUUCACUUUGCUUUCAACCAGAGCAGUAACAAUAAAACAACAGUAGCAGACUGUCAAGCUAUUGUACCUACAUUUAUCACUAAAUAGUUUGACUGUGUUGAUUUUCUUUAUUUAAAAAAAAAACAGCAUUUUGCCUUUUUGUGUUGUGUACACUGAUUAUAUAGUGCAGAUCCAGGGUAAAUGCCCCAAAUAUCUGUCAGUGCAGAGCAAAGCGGAGGCUCUGGGUCAAGAUGGAUGACUUAUUUAGUGACAUUGCCUCUGAUCUGAAGAGGCAGAACAUGACAGCUUCUGUGCGCUGACCCAGCCAUCAGUCCAAGGCACACUGCUCCACUAAACCUCUGCUCCACCUUUCAUUCUAAAUAUGACUCUUACUGUACUUAUCUACCUGUGUUAUGCAGGAAAACAUGUACUGUACUUUAAAAGUGAUGGCCUUCUUUUCUUUAUUGGUACUAUGAUAACUUAUUUCCUUGAUUUCUACUUUAGGUUCUGUAGUUUCUUAGAUGUCAUAAACUGGAAAAGUAUAGUGCUGUUGUUUUUUUUGUACAGUGAAAAAUCUUUUGAGCUUUAUGAUGAUGCUAAUUUGAUUACAAUGUGGUCAUGGCUGUGGUGUGCAUGGUUAUGGCCACUACAGUGAGAUUCAACAUUUAAUUAUAUCUAUGUGCUCAAUGAAAACAAUAACUAUUUAAGCAUUUGUAAAACCUGUUAGAAUUGAUAAAAAGUGGUCCAGUCGAUGGAUACUAUUAUUAUUGUAGGAGUCUACAAUCUACAGUUGUGAUCAAAUGUACUAACAGUAUUGUAUGUAUUUGAUAUUGUAUUUAUCUGAAAUUCAGGGUGGUCUUUGUGUGCACAUCUGGUAACUAUAACUGUGUAUUCAUAAAGCCAUCUCUGCUGGCUGUUUUCCUGUCUCUCUCUCUCUCUCUUUCCUCUGGCAAACUUUACUUACCCCUCAUCUCCCUAACCCCCCCACAAUGUUGCAGAUGGGGUUUAUAAUUACAGUACCAAACAAACAGCAAUAAAGAACAUGACGUUUCCCACAGAAGAAAAGGCCAAAAUACUGAAAAUGUUAGGGUGACCAUCCAAGCAUGAUGAGUCAGCCUCAUGAAUAUUCAGUUAUUCUGAGAUGACAGAAACAUAAUUGAGUGUAACAGUGAAAUUCCUAGUAGUUUUCUUUCUUUCUUGCUUUCUUGGCCUUACAUCAUCACUCAUCAUCAUAUUCCUCAGCUAAGACUCAAAUUGAAAAUGUGUCUGCUGUAGAUGUUAUAAAUACCUACCAUUAAAAAAGGGACUGUUCUUCCUCAGUGUUACCUCUGUAGUUUAGCCAGAAGUAAUGGCUGUGCAUGUGCAGACACACACUCAUAUUGCAUAUUGAGAAACUGAGCCAAUAAAGUGGACAGAAAGCUAUAGUUAUGUACAUAGAUUAAAACAUGAAUAAAUAAACUGAGAUUUAGUUUCAUAAUUAUGUAUUUUAUAUUUCAUCAGACAAGUAAAUAUAAAAUUUUAAAAGUUGCUUUGCUUCCUCAAGGUAUGGUGUGCGCCAUAUAAUGGUGAAAUGCAGGUAACUUAACUCCUGAAUUUAGCAUUUAGAAGCACCAUGUAUUGUGCACAUUUGAAUAAUGGUUUAUAACACACUGUAAUGUAGUUUUAAAAGGCCGAUUUUAAGCAUUUAUUACACAAUAUCUGUUAACAAUUAUAACAUCAAUGAAGAAGUAUUUUAUAUUGUUACAAAUUCAUUUACUAUAGUAAAAUUGUUGGAAAAAUUAUAUUUGACAUAUACAUUUAUAAAGAUUUUCAGUACAUCUGCUUACAUCUACAUUAUAGUAUGUUAUCUAAACUACUUUAUGUGAAAAGACCUUUACUCCACAUGGCUACCAUAGCAACAGGCUGGCUCUUCUCUCUCUGCCAGGUUUUACCACUGUUACUCUGGCCCCUGGGUCCCUCUAGCCAAUGGUUCCUGUAGCCACUCAUAUGUCAUACUAUAAUGUAUGUAUGUAUGGUCCAGUCAGUUAACAUCUUCUGUGGUAGUGAGGCUGGCAUUUGCCUGCUAGAUGGAGCUUCUGAUCCCACAGAUGGAUCUCAUCUGAUCGGCUUUGGGAAACAGAUGUAAAAACAGAGCUUUAAUCUGGUUUAGGGAGUAUUUCAAUGUUCAAAAGGGCAAUUUCAUGAAAUAAAAUGCCAGGAAUCCAUUUGCUGAUCUACAAAGGGAUAAAAAGGUCAAAUGCUAAACAUACUGCUGUACAUGCUUCUGUCCCUGUGUGAAGAUGGCAAAGCUAAUUCUUUUCUUCUGUUUCCACAUUUCAUUUUUUUCUGCAUUUUCAGUGUCUGCACAGUGUUGUUCCUAUCACUGGCCAAUGCACCAGAAUGUGUUUUUACAAGUGGAAAUGUCAGCGAGGGAAUAGGAGGUAGUAGUAAAUGAAUGGUAGAGGUGAAACAAUAAAUGAACCUCUAAGAGACAGUAACAGUACAUAUGUUAUCAGUGUGCACAGUAGGUUAUCCUGUAUGUGUAUGUGUACAUGUAUAUGUUUGUGAAAUUUCUGAUUUUCUUAGCUUUAAUAGUUAUAUCUGUGUAAAGGAGGAUCAUGAACAGACUUCUUGCUUUCUUUUCCCCAUAAUUUUGUGUUUAAAUGCAUCUCACUUUCAUACUAUUCACUUCAUAUUCACUUCAUAAACUAGUUUUAUCUUGACAUGCAAGCUGCAGAUUACAGCCUCUGAAAAACAAAUUGUAUUCUAGAUUAAUUUUUUUCAGCCUUCAUUCAAGUUCUCUUUAUAGCACUCAGUGGUGCUGCUUUUAAUAUUUCCAUAUAAAUCACCUUGUUGGACUUUCUCAAAUCUAUGACAAUUUUAUCAUCAUUUAUAGUGUGAUCAAACAAGCCUUCACUUUUAUGUUUAAAUGUUCUUGGCACAAAGAUGCAGCGAGUGAAGGUUAAACAUCAGGCACAGUCCUUUUCAUAUCAACAAGUGAACCGAUAAGUGAACGGGGGCUAUUAUCAGUGGCUGCACAGGUAGCUGCGUACAUAACAGGGUGGUACAAAAGAACUCCAAUUUUAAAGUGAGGUGUAUAUUUGUCACCGAUAAACAUGAUGACAACAUACACACAGAGUUAAAUAUGCAUA